AUGGUAGACGGCGAAGAUGAAGCCAAACUGGCUGAUGCCCCAAACCCUCCGAUCUGGAGUCAACAAUCGUCGGACUAUUUUAUCCCACAGCCUCACCUACAAGGCCUACCUGUCAGUCACCUCCCCUCUGCUCAGGAAAGUCCUUCCAGCCAGAAUCCUAGCAAACCUCUUCCGCCGAUUCCACCUCGCCAGCCAUUCAUCCGUCUACCGCUCUGCACGCACAGCGUGGUGGAACGACAGCAUUGCGUAAACCCCUAUGAGCAGUGUGAGUCUUGCGGCAGGAUUCCUUUUCUCGGAUGGUUCUUCGUCUGCGUCGAAGACACCUCGGGCUUCUCUGACCCGUUGGAUCCUAUCCGGGGCCCGUUUCUCAGUCCCUGGAUCUUGAAAGCGAUCGAAACCGGACAAUACACGGAGGAAGAGCGAGAGGUGUUGAUUCAGCAAAAGUUGCGCGUCCUGACAAUGGCCGACCUAGAACGAGCCCCGAGUCCUUCGAUCUCCAUGCUGGAGGCCGAGUACGGGGCUGAAGAGCCUGCCAUGCAGCAGACCGCAUCUUCUCCUGCAAGCCCAGGCGCAUCAAUGACCGACUUGUUCCCGCAUCCGCUCCCACCGCUGCCGUGCAUUCUUAGAGCCUGUCGUCACUGCGAGCGUCGGUUUGCCAAUCUGGAAGAGCGCUCCUGGGGCAGCAUCAACGAAAUUUGCAACGAUCCCGCCAUCGGGCCUCCAGCUGCGUUCGAGCUGGCAGGUAGACCGGUCUCUGAUGCCAGUAUCGUUCGGAACUUGGGUUGGCGUUCGGCUGCGGUUCCUGUCCCCACGGCCGAGACAUCUGAAGACUGCGCGGAGGACAGCGGACAGGAAGGCCUGGGCAGUGUAUUUGAUUUUCAGAUCGAUCUCACCGGAGACGACUUGUCUAGUCUCGUCGACCAAGCAUUGGAUAUUGUGGGAAAGGGUGGCAUCAAACAGGAUGAAUCUGCCGACAUUGACGCCGACGAAUCGAUUUCAAAUAUCCUUUUCGGAGUGGAAAUCGACGAUGAAUCAGAACUUGGUGGCGAUAAAGAAGCCUAUGGAGGAGUGCCACUGCGGUAA